UCCUCUCCACUUUUGUCUUUCUUCUCUAUUUACUUUUGUCUUUGGAAACAUUUUUGAGGCUCUGUGUCAUCGUUGUUAUUUCUCUCUUUUGCUGAAAUCAUUGCGAUUCUUUUCUUCAGUUCAUUGCGUGCUCUCUACUCAUGGCUUCUCUGUCUCGCACUUUGAAACAUGAUGUCUUCCCGAGCUUCUGUGGACGAGACGUGCGCAAAACCUUUCUUAGUCACCUUCUGAAAGAGCUCAAAAGCAAGGGAAUCCAAACUUUCAUAGAUGACGAGAUUGAUCGAGGCCAACGUAUCGGUCCCGAGCUCGUACUAGCGAUCAGAGAGUCAAGGGUUGCCAUUGUCUUGCUCUCCGUUAACUACGCUUCUUCAAGCUGGUGUUUGGAUGAGUUAGUGGAGAUCAUGAAAGGCAAGGCAGAGGAUCAAGAUGAGUUGGAGGAAAUCAUGGAGAGGGAUCAACAAAAAGUGAUGACCAUUUUCUACGAAGUGGAUCCAUCUGAUGUUAGGAAGCAGACCGGAGAUUUCGGGAAAGCCUUUGAAAAAACCUGUGUGGGGAAAGAAGAAAAGGUCAAGGCAUGGAGGGAAGCUUUGGAGGGUGUCGCCAAUAUAGCUGGUUAUGACUCUCGGAGAUGGGAAAACGAAGCUGAUUUGAUCAACAAAAUUGCCGUUGAGCUUAUGAUUGUAUUGGGUUUUACACCAUCAAAAGACUUUGACGACUUUGUUGGCAUAGGAGCUCGUAUCAUAGAGAUAAAAUCCAAGUUCAUCCUACAAUCAGAAGAAGUUAAGGUGAUUAUGAUGGUGGGUCCUGCCGGGAUUGGGAAGACGACCACUGCCAGAGUUUUAUACAACCAACUCUCUCCUGGUUUUCCAUUCAGCACUUUUUUGGAGAAUAUCAGAGGAAGUUAUGAGAAGCCUUGUGGUAACGACUAUCAGUUGAAGUUGCGUUUGCAGAAAAAGAUGUUGUCUCAAAUAUUCAACCAAAGUUAUAUUGAGGUUGGUCACUUACGAGUGGCUCAAGAAAAGCUGAGUGACAAAAAAGUGUUGGUUGUUCUUGAUGAAGUGGAUAGCUGGUGGCAACUCGAGGCAACGGCAUACCAGCGCGGAUGGUUUGGUCCCGGGAGUAUUAUUAUCAUUACAACCGAAGAUAGAAAACUUCUCAAGACACUCAGAUUGGGAAUCGAUCAUAUCUACGAGAUGAAAUUUCCAACUAGCGAUGAGUCUCUUCAGAUCUUCUGCCAAUAUGCUUUCGGUCGAAAGUCUCCAGAUUAUGGUUUUGAAGAGCUUGCUAAGGAAGUUACUUGGCUUGCUGGUGAUCUUCCUCUAGCCCUGAGAGUCAUGGGAUCUUAUCUACGAGGUAUGUCCAGGGACGAGUGGAUAGAGGCACUACCAAGGCUCAGGUCUAGCCUUGAUAGAGAAAUUGAAUCAACUCUAAGAUUUAGCUACGACGGGUUAAGUGAUAAAGAUCAAGCUCUUUUUCUACAUAUUGCAUGUUUCUUUUCUUGUUCCCUCUGGAAGGUUGAUAGUGUUAAGAGGUGUCUUGCAAACUGUGGUCUGGACGUCAACCAUGGACUUCAAGUCUUAGCUGAUAAAUCUCUUAUAUAUAUAGUUUACAAGGGAUGCGUAGAGAUGCAUAGUUUACUUCAAAAAAUGGGUAGAGAAAUUGUCAAGAAACAGUCUUUGGAGGAGCCUGGAAAGCGACAGUUCUUGAUGAAUACCACGGAAAUUUCUGAAGUACUUGAAAAAAGCACUGGUACUGGAAAAGUCAUAGGCAUAUAUUCCCAUUGCGGUGGGAACUUCCAAAUAAGUAAAAGAGCUUUCGAUGGGAUGAAUAAUCUCCAGUUUCUAGCAAUACUCUACGAUGGUCCCUUAUGCAUGCCCGAGGGCCUCAACUGUUUUCCCGACAAACUCAGAUUUAUACGUUGGCCCUGCUGUCCAUUGAGAUUUUGGCCUUCCAAGUUCUUUGGCAAGUUUCUUGUCAAACUAAUCAUGCCAGAUAGCAAAUUUGAGAAGCUUUGGGAGGGAAUACAACCUCUCCAUUGCCUCAUGCUGAUGGAUUUGAGUUCCUCAUGGCGUCUGAGAAAGAUUCCAGAUCUCUCAAAAGCAACGAGUCUCGAGAAAUUAGAUCUCAGUGACUGCAGAAGUUUGUUGAAGCUCACAAGCUCUAUUGGCAGUGCAGCUGCGCUUGAGCUACAUCUGAGGUAUAGUGCGAUAGAGGAAUUGCCAUCAUCAAUCAGCACCAAUCUAGGGGUAUUGGAUAUUACAGGGUGUAAAAUCAUCAAAGACUUCCCAAAUGUUCCUGACAGUAUUGUAGAGUUGGUGUUGAGUGAGACAGGUAUAGAGGAGGUUCCUCCAUGGAUUGAGAACUUAUUUCGUCUGCGUAAACUAGAUAUGCAUGGAUGUGAGAGGCUGAAAAUUAUAUCUCCAAACAUUUCUAAGUUGGAGAAUCUUGAGUUUCUUGCUCUGAGUAACGUUUACCGUUGGGUGGAGGAUCUUGAUUUCUUCUUUCAAAAAAAAGAGUAUUGCGAUUUUGCCAAUUACGAUGAAGCAAUAAUCAAGUGGGGGUCUGAAAUGAAGCGACGUUGGAGACUAGAAACAGACUUCGAUUUUGACUACAUUUUGCCGAUAUGUCUACCCGAAAAGGCUCUUACAUCUCCAAUAUCAUUACGUUUCAGCCAUAAACGUUUCACGACUAUUCCAGACUGCAUCAACCAUCUUUCCGGACUAACUAAGCUUGACAUCACACAAUGCAGAAAUCUCGUAGCCCUUCCCCCACUUCCAGGUUCCCUUCUAUCUAUUGAUGCACACGGUUGUGGAUCCUUGGAGAGUAUAGACUCCUCCUCUUUUCAAAAUCCAAACAUUCGCCUAAAAUUUGCUAAGUGCUUCAACCUGAAUCAAGAAGCGAGAAGGCUCAUCCAGACAUCAGCUUGCAAAUAUGCGCUCUUACCUGGUGAAGAAGUGCCUGCACACUUCACUCACCAAGCUACUUCAGGCUGCCUAACGAUCAAUAUGGCUCCAACACCUCUUCCAUCAUUCUUGAGAUUCAAAGCUUGCAUCUUGCUGACAAAUGAUGGCGAUGAUGAUGAGGAUGAGAAUUCGUUGAUAUCUUGUCGCGUCAGUGGUAAACAGAAUGGCCACACUGUCCAAUAUGGAUCAAACCAGGUCCACCAUAUGCCAUAUCUCGAUGGCCAAGCAGAGCAUCUAUAUAUAUUUGAAGAUUCGUUCUCUCUAAACCAGGAUUUUCCUGAAGCCGAAGAAGCCACUUUCAGCGAACUUUUUUUCGAGUUCAGAAUCCAUAAUACAGCCUGGAAAGUCAAAGGAUGCGGUGUAAGACUAUUGGAGGAGGUCGUCCCUCAAUGUAUUCUUGACGGAAAAGAAACUGAAGACGAAGAAUGUAGGGGCAUAAACAUAGAGGCAAGCAAUGAAAAUGCAGGUGGAGAGGAUAAAGAAAAGGAAGAUGAUGAUGAUGGUGGUGAAGGUGCUGAAGAUGAAGUGGAUGAAGGUGUUGAUGCUGAGGAGGAUAUAGAUGGUAAUGACGCUGUUUUUUCUAAUGCAGGAAUCGACAUAAACAUAGAAGCAAACAAUGAAACAGAAGAAGAAGAAGAAGGAGAAGAAUCUGGAAUUGAUGAGGAUUCAGAGACAAUGAUCAGGAAACGAAAGAGUUUAGGCCUUGGCUUGUCUGAGAACUCGUUGAUAACGAUGAUGAAGAGGAUGAGAAUUCAUUGAUGCUAGUGUCUUGUAGUAGGGGGUAAACAGAAUAGCCUCAGUGUCUCAUAUGGAUCUAACCAGCGCGAUAUGCCUUAUCUAUAUGGAUACGAAGAAGAAUCAGGACGUGAUGAAUGAGGAUGCAGAGAUGAGGAGCAUGAAACGAAUGAGGUUAAGCCUUGUGUAGGUAUUGUAAAAUUGUCAUGUUGUUAAGCCUUGUGUAUGGGUUAUUUAGGAUAUGAAGUUGCAUGAUUUAGGUUCAGUAAAGGAAAGAUUGAUUGCAGGAUCUUAAAGGUUUUGUUAGUUCUUGAUGAUGUGUUGAUAAUAAACUAGAACAAUGUGUGGCUUCAACACGGGUGGCAGACGAGAGUAAACAGGGGACAUUUACGAAGCUUGCUAAGCAAGGAUCAGAUCAUGCAGUGACCAAACGCAGAAGCUGUUUUAUAAGUGGCUCAAGAGAUCCGGUACUGGUGAAGAGGCACAAUGGGUUGAAUGUAUCACCAAAAUCAGGUCUUGUUGAUACAUAAAAAAAUCUUUUGUUUUUGAAAACUUACUCUUGCUUACAUUGUAUAUACAAUAACUUGAGAGGGACUGAGUUUUGCUACUCUUAAGUUCAUUUUGUUGUUGUUUCUGAUUCGUAUCUCUCGGCUACUGCUACGAUCAAAGAUACAUAAUAUUGAAAGCUUUAAAGGAUUACAAAACAGGUGCUGUGUAAUUUAGGGAUAUAAACUGUAAACAUUGACAUUUAAAGAUAAGUGGAGAUGAUUCAUGUCGCUCUAUUUAGAUUGUCUACAAUUAAGAUUUGAGAAGACGAGUUUAACUUCAAAUGUGAACAGAAGGCAAAAAAGUAAACGUUCUUUAUGUGCAAAGCGUAUCUCAACUCUCAAGUAUCAGAAGCGUAUCUAUCAAUCAUCAUCAUUUAUCAAGAUCUGUAUCUUACCUUUCCAACUAAAAACAAUAAGAUCUUUAUUAACCUUUAGCUUCUACUCAUGGCAGAUUCUUCAUCUUUGUUGUUGCAGUCUUGCCACUGGAGACACCAUGUGUUUCAAACUAUAUAGACAAUGAUAUCAAGAGAAGCCAAACUAUAUAAACUAUCAGAGAAUCUAGGUUUGCGGUUGUAGUGUUGUCGAAGAGAUAUGCAUCUUCAAGUUGGUGUUUGAAUGAUUUGGUGGAGGUUAAGGAAUCUAGCAAGAAGAUCUGCGGAGAAUUUGGAACAGCAUUUGAGGAAGCAUGUCAAGGCAAACCAGAGGAUGUGAAGCAGAGAUGGAGAGAAAGCUUUGGUAUAUGUGGUUAAUAUAGCCGCAGAGAGUCUUCUAAUAUAGCCAGCUGUUGUAUCCGUGCAAUGCUUCGGAAGGAAGAAGACAGCAGUUGCCGUAACCCACUGCUAACGCGGGUGUGGCCUGAUCAAGUUCAACGGUUGUCCAACGGUUGAUCAAGUUCUUCUCCUAGGGAAGCACCGCUUCGCAGGUGUGGACACGAGGAUACGAGUCAAGGGUGGUGGUCACACUUCCCAGGUCUACGCCAUUCGUCAGAGUAUCGCCAAGGCGCUGGUUGUAUGUUGAUGAGCCUUCGAGGAAGGAGGUUAAAGAUAUUCUUAUUCCUUAUGAUAGGACUCUUCUUGUGGCGGAUCCGAGGAGGUGCGAGCCAAAGAAGUUUGGUGGUCGUGGUGCUCCUUCUCGUUUCCAGAAGAGUUACCGUUAAUCUUGGUUUGUUUUGUUUUCAGUUUUAUGCUUUGUUUUGGUAAUGGAUAUGCUCGAAGAAUACAUGUUUUGCUAUGUUUGCUGUCGGAAAGCUUUAGUAUUUUUUUCUCUGUUAUUUCUUGUCCUGAGAUGUAUGGCAUUGGCAUAGUUGGUUCAAUGGUUAGGUUUUAUGAGAAUGUCGUGACUAGUUGUCUAGUAUAGAUAGCUAAGAUAUAACUGAUCAAACAUCUGGAAACAGGUGAUUUUGUCAUUUUAAGUUUCUUAAUUUGUAGCUUUUAGUGUAGGCUUUGCUGUCGAGUAGAGUAGCUUGUGAGCUCAGACUCUAUGAUGUAGUUUACAUGAUUACAAGGCUUUUGUUGAUGUUGGUUUAUGUGUAAGCACGCCAGAUGUAACAGAGGAAUGAGCUUUUGUUGAUGUUGGUUUACAUCUAUUCUCAGAAUGGCUCAUAUUAUAGAUUAUGGAAAGUGAUCAUACUUAUUAGAGGCUUUGUACAAUACUUAUACACGUUAGAAGAGAGUACUAGGUCUUGACUAAUUACACAUAAUAAGGAUAUCAACUAUCUAUUUAUUUAUAAAUGUUGAUUAUUGCUGUUCCUAUCCGAGGGAAAAGCUAAAGAAACGUAUGAGAAUAAGAAAAAUGUUAGGAGAAAUUCGUAAUAAAUGGGAAGUUGAAGGAUUACAAAUUUAUUAAAGUAAACAUCGUUGAAUCUUCCUUCCAUGAGUCUUCCUCUCCACUCGUCUUUGGUUGGACUCUUUUCUGUGGUUCUGUGUCUUCGUUGAAACUUCCUCUCCACUUGUGUCUUCUUUUUCUUCUAUCUACUCAGAAUAGCCUCAGGGUCUCAUAUGGAUCAAACCAGCGCGAUAUGCCUUAUCUAUAUGGAUACGAAGAAGAAUCACGACGUGAUGAGGAUGCAGAGAUGAGGAGCAUGAAACAAAUGAGGGUAAGCCUUUUGUAGGUUCUGGAAUUAUGAUCAUCGUGACCAAGGAAAAUAAACAGCUUCUGAGAGCUCAUGGGAUCAAAGCCUGCAUACAAAGCUCUCCUACGUGGCAGUCUUUGAAGCAGGGAUAUUAUUGUCUUUUUCAGCCAUUGAUUCUAACAAUCAGGCUCUGAUAGAAUGUUAUCCAUCAGAGAGAGCAGUCUAGCGAUCAUGUGCGGACUGAACACGGGUGACAGAAACAGAGCAAGGAUCAAAUCGUGAAGUGACAAAAGCAGAAGCGGUUUUACACUGGCAUGGCUCAAGUGUUACAGUAAUGGUGAAGAGCCACAAAGGGAUGAAUGAAUCACCAAAAUCAGAUCUUAUUGAUACAUAAAAAGUAGUUGUUUUUUUUUGCUAUCAUCAUAUUCAUAUAUGAAUUUUGUUGCAUGGAUGUAGAAUUGAAAACAUGAAUUUAUUUAUUGUUUCCAUGUUGGAAUACUUCAAACGAAUUAGCUUGA